AUGGCGUGGUGCGCUUCGUGCUGCAUCGACCCACCAAAGUAUGUGAACGGCAAGCCAACCGUGUCUGGCGGCGACAUCGCCCCUGUCUUUGCGGACGGCCGUCUGUUCCGCAUCGUAAAGAGAAAGAGGUGGUACUACUACAACGAUACGCAAGACUCUGAGAUGCAUGUGGGGAUGAAGUUCGGCGGCGGCUCCGUCAUUGAGGCCUUGGGGAAAACGAAGUUUCGCCAAACCGGCAGCGCCGGUGCCACCACCGCCACGCUGGUUAUUAUGCCGCUCGAGACGGAGCCAUUUAUAGAGGGCGUACCGCUGAGUUGGAAUGGAACUGCUGUAGCGCGUCCUUUCUCGGCAGUUGAAAAGGCGAAGUUUGCGCAACUAAACCGCAUGGUGGUGGUGCGAGAGAUGGCUGCGGUGUCAAAGGUGCUUCAUUUGCAGGGAGGCCGCAACAACACCAUUGACGAGGAAAAAGCGUUGCAUCUCUGUCUGAAGCACCACAUCGCGUAUGUGGACAUGAAUUUUCCACCAAUCAACAGUUCGAUCCGGCACCCGAGCGAUAGCUCGACUAAAAAUAUCGUCUUGCGGGACCUCGACAAGUUCUCAUGGCGCAGGCCGAAGGACUACCUCCCCAAGUCGUGGCAGAAGCGCAUUGCACUCUACAAGCAUGGCGUGAAUCCGCGAGCCAUUGACCAGGGAAAGCUGGGCGACUGUUGGCUAAUGUGCUCUAUUAGCGCGUUAGCAGAGCACUCAAAGUCCAUUCGUUCACUCUUUCUCAGUCCACACUGGUGCUGUCGCAGGUGGCGGGAGGAAAAGGCUGGGGCCUACCGUGUUAUGCUCAACUUGAACGGGUGGUGGCGUACCUUGGUGCUGGACGAUUACUUUCCAUCUACUUCGAAGCUUCCCUGCUUUGGACGGACCCGUGAGGCCCCAUGUGAUCUUUGGGUGUCUCUACUGGAAAAGGCUUACGCCAAGGCGUACGGCUCAUAUGCUGCCAUCUCUGGGGGAGCACCGGCCUAUGCGCUUCAGGACCUGACUGGAUUCCCAACGUUUGACUUUUCAAAGAUGUGGACCGCCGCGCUGAGGAACUCGGAAGCGGCGGAAGUUUUCUUCAAGAAGCUGCAUGAGUGGCGGCAUCAGAAUUACCUCAUCACCGUCAAUACACCAAACAGUGACCUGCGUAGCUACUUGGCAAGGCGUAGAAUUAGUCGAGACGCAAGGGAAACGGAGAUGCUGUUUGAAAAGGCCGGUCUUGCACUUGGGCACGCCUACACUGUGCUCGCUGUGAAGCACUUCCCCCUUCACGGACUUUGCAUGCUAAAGAUACGCAAUCCGUGGGCCAAUAAGGUGGAGUGGAGUGGCGAUUGGUCAGACAAUAGUGCAAUGUGGAAGACGUAUCCGCUUAUCAAGGUUAUCUGUCGCCCAGAGAAGAAGGCAGACGGUAUCUUUUGGAUCGAAUGGAAAGAUUUUGUUCGUUUUUUUGAGGAUGGCUGUGUGUGCUUCUAUCGCCCCGGUUACCACGAGUACCGCAUCCCAGGUGUGUUCCACUGGGAGAUUCCAAACGUGGUCCUCGAGGUAGUUGUGAAGGAAAGGUUUGAGGCAUGGUUGGUGCUGGUGCAGAAGAGCACGCGUGGGCUGCAUUCUUCCGACCCGGAGAGUAAGUACACCGGCCUUCUCAUCAACCUCUCGUGUGCGGAUGGCACGCGGCAGAAAGUCAUACGCUGCUCGGCCGAGAAUGCCGAAGACGAGUCUGAGCGUUACCUCUUUGUCAUGGGCAAGACGGUGGCGCUCAAAUACGAAUUUAUGCCGGAGAAUUCGCCCUACUACGUCAUCCCCCGUCGAAUGAUGCACAGCCAGGGCGAUGUAACUGACAAAAGAUAUGUUCUGGCGCUGCUGGUAAAGAAUAAAAUCCGAAGCUCCUCUGCGGAGGUGAAUCUGCGGCGUCUGACAAGUAACUGCGCUGUGUUUAAUAGCAUGAAGGUGUUUGAUCUGAGCGGCGUAUCGAAGGUGAGCACAACCUUUCAAUACAAGGCUGCGCAUGAAUUACCUGUGGCCAAGCAGGGGUCAUCAUUACACAACGCGAAAACCUGUUCUUGA